AUGAGCAGCGUGCCCCCGCCUCAACCGUAUUUCAUGCCGGACCCUCAACAACACCUCAUCGACACUUCCUCCUAUUUCGACUGCUAUCACAGCCUUCCUCCGCUGCCCUACUCGACGGUUUCUUCUGCCUCUUCCGCCCCAACAUCUUCUCAAUUUGCAUCUUCAUCCGGAGCACCGCCCUACGAGUUCUCGCCUUCUCACAUUCCUCGCCCUCCUCCUGUAAUUCUGACGCCUUCUCCGUCCGUCAACUCGCCGCCAGCUCCCUCCAAUUUCGGAUUUCCAAUGUCAGAAUACUCUCUAGAACAGGCCAGUUUGUACUAAUUAGAUGUGUCUCUGCAACAAAAAAUUAUGUUCUUUCAGAUGGAAGCCAUCUGCACUUCUCUAUUUCAAGCAAGAGAUGGCGAGCGUCUCGUGGCAUUCUUCAAGCAGUUGGAGUCCGUGUACGGAGCCACUUCUUUUCAGCAUUUGAACAGCGAAACUAUUGUAGUUGGUGAGUUUGACUGCAUCGGACUCAACUUUUUUAUGUGGCCAGUAUCCGCUGUUAAAGACUCGAGAAGUCCGUUUAAUCUGAGAUUCGGACGGCGCAUCUUCAUCUGAUCUUGUUAGGAACUAGUCUCAGAUAGGAUGGACCUCUAGGAUGGACCUCGGAUACCUGUGUUCAUGACAGCCUCAAUUAUAGUAUAAUCUAGACACCAUCAAGAACGGUAUACAGUGUUGCUGACACCCGCAAUUCCACUUUAACCAUUAGCUCUUCGAGAGGUCUCUGGAUGGCGUUUUUGGACUAUUCUAACUCCCAAUAAAUGCCCAUAUACGGAUAUUGUAGUCAUCCGAACCUCCUCUUGCUGCAUGAACGGUCCCGUAUCCGUUUCGUUCAUUGCGCAACAUCCUGCCCUCCUGAUAUUUCACCCCGUUUCAUUGCGCGAGUUCUUUUAGUGCCCCCGCCCUCGGAUCAUGCAAUAUCUUCUCUGAUUUCAGCCUACACCUACGCGCUCUACCAUUCCAACGAGUUUGAAAAUCUCUUCAAUCUUCUGACAACUCGUCACUUUCAUCACACGAACUUCAACGAUUUGCAAGAGAUUUGGCAUCAUGCCAGAUACAAAGAGGUAGUUCUAAUCGAACAAAAUUCGGAAAAAAAGCAACUGAACGAAGUUUUAGAGCCAAUUGAAACGUGGAAAAGAGCUGAAUCCAGUGGAGAAGUACCGUCUUCGUCGGAAGUUUCCACCUCCAAAGACCAUUUGGGACGGCGAGGAAACCGUGUACAGCUUCAAAGAUUCCAGUCGGAAGUACUUGAAGCAUUUCUAUAAAAACGUCACUCCGUAUCCGAGCCAAGAGCAGAAGAGAGAAAUUGCAAAAGACACGGGGCUCAAAGUUGUCCAGGUACAUUCAUUCAGAAUCGGGAAACCGGCAUAAAACAAAGACGUUUCAGAUCUCGAACUGGUUCAAGAACCGUCGCCAACGGGACAAACCGAACACCUCCGCCAAAGGCUCGCCCCCUUCCAGCUCGAGCAGCACUAACGGAGGCAGCGACUUCGUGCCGAUCAUCAUUCCGCAGAGCUUCAAUAUGGCGGCGGCGACGUACGGCAUGAACAUGUUCUGUGAUUCAAUGCGCUGA